AUGGUGGAGCUGGGAACCUGGAGCCUGACCAGAGCUGCCCUGAUUAUCCUGCUGCUCCCCAGAAUGAAGCUGGAGCCCCCCACACUGUGGGCCCUGGCCCCCAGCCCUGAGGUGGCCCCACCCCAGCCAGGCUGCCUGCUGUUGCGCUGGGAGCUAUGGAAGCCGAGCCUCUACAUAGAACAGAAAUGCGAGCUGCGCCACCAGCCACAGCUCGGAGAAGCCAGCUGGGCCCUGGUGGGCCCCCUGCUCCCUGAGACCCUCCAGUAUGAGCUCUGCGGGCUCCUCCCGUCCACAGCCUACGCCCUGCAAAUGCGCUGCGUCCGCUGGCCCCUGCCUGGCCAGUGGAGCGACUGGAGCCCUAGCCUGAUACUGACCACCGCACAACAGGCCCCCAUCGUCAGAUUGGACACAUGGUGGCGGCAGAGGCAGCUGGACCCCAGGACUGUGGAUGUGCAGCUGUUCUGGAAGCCAGUGCCCUUGGACAAAUACAGCGGGCAGAUCCAAGGGUACCUGGUCAGACCACCAGGCCAGACUGGGGCAGUCCCAGCCCUCUGCAACACCACGGAGCUAAGCUGCACCUUCCACUUGCCCUCGGAAGCCCGGGAGGUGGUCCUUGUGGCCUAUAACACAGCGGGGACCUCUCAUCCCACCCCAGUGGUCUUCCUGGAGAGCAGAGGACCGCCCCUGGCCAGGCUCCACACCACAGCUAGAGAUCCCCACAGCCUCUGGGUGGGCUGGGAGCCCCCCAGCCCUCGGCCUCGGGGCUAUGUGAUUGCCUGGGGCCUGGGUCCCCCCAGCCCCAGCAGCAGCAAUAUGACCUGGAAGAUGGAACACAACGGGAACAUUUCCGGGAUCCUGAUGCAAGAGAACAUCAGGCCCUUUCAGCUCUACGAGAUCACCGUGACCCCUCUAUACCAGGACACCGUGGGACCCUCCCAGCGCAUCUAUGCCUACUCCCAAGAGAUGGCCCCCUCCCACGCCCCAGAGCUGCAUCUAAAGCACAUCGGCAAGACCUGGGCCCAGCUGGAGUGGGAGCCCCAGGCCCCUGAGCUGGGGAAGAGCCCCCUGACCCACUACACCAUCUUCUGGACCAACGCUCAGGACCAGUCCUUCUUCACCACCCUGAAUGCCUCCUCCCAUGGCUUGGUCCUCCACGGCCUGGAACCUGCCAGCUUGUACCACGUACGCCUCAUGGCUUCCAGCAAGGCCGGGGCCACCAAUAGUACAAGCCUUACCCUGAUGACUUUGGCCCUAGAGGAGUCUGAGCUGCAUAUCCUCCUGGGCCUCUUUGGCCUCCUGGUCUUGCUCAUCUGUCUCUGUGGGGCUUCCCGGUUCUGCUGCAGACCCAGGAAGAAUCCCCUCUGGCCAAGUGUCCCAGACCCAGCCCACAGCAGCCUGGGCUCCUGGGUGCCCACCAUCAUGGUUGAGGAGGCCUUCCAGCUGCCCAGCCUUCGGGACCCCGGCAUGCCACCCAUCACCAAGAUCACAGUACUGGAGGAAGAAGAGAAGAAGCCGGGGCCCUGGGAGUCCAACGACAGCUCAGGGACCUGUGGCCUCCCCACCCUGGUCCAGGCCUAUGUGCUCCAGGGGGACCCAAGAACACCUUCCACCCAGCCCCAGCCCCCGUCUAGCACCAAUGACCAGGUCUUUUAUGGGCAGGUGCUGGGCAGCCCCACAGGCCCAGGUCCAGGGCACUACCUCCGCUGUGACUCUACUCAGCCCCUCCUAGGGGGCCUUACUCCCAGCCCCAAGUUUUAUGAGAACCUCUGGUUCCAGAACAGCCCCCUGGGGACCCCAGAGCCCCUUGUCCCAAACCAGGAGGAUGAUUGUGUCUUUGGGCCACUGCUUGACUUCCCCCUCCUGCAAGGGCUCCAGGUCCAUGGGGUGGAGGGGCUGGGGGGCAUCUAGCACUUCCUGGGACCCCCGCCCAGGCCUGCCUCUUGAAAGGCCUGGGCCAUCCAGAGGAGAGGAGAAUAUCAGUAAGCCCAUCAUGAAAAAAUCAUCUCGUCCCAGAAGGGCAGGAAGACUACCAGUAUCUCCCUAUCUCUGGUCCCCAGCAUCCUUCCUCCACCUCCCAGGCCCCAUGGGCUGACCCUGCCUCUCACUUUAGUGGCCAGAGAAUGCUUCAUCCAACCCUGCCCACUAGCCUUCUGUGUUUAAUUCCUGUAAUUUUAGUCUCUUAAACCGGUUCAAGGUUUGGUUUGUUUUGGUUUCGAGAAACUCUUGAGUGUGCCUGAGUCUCUGUUCUUUUUCUUUUCAGGGCCCUAGCAGUGAUGGGGGUACUUAUCAGAACUGUUCGUUUGUGUAUUCUUUCCUUCACUCAUUAAUUCCACCAGCCCACAUGUAGUGUUUAGGUCCUGUGCUGGCAGCAGGGAUUCAAAAAUGAUUUGGCUCAGUCCACCCUCAGAGGGCUCCCAUUCUAGUGGUGGAGACUUGAAAACUGGCCAUUAGGGCACAGUGGCCAGAGUUAUCUUGUGAGGGUGGGGGUGAGGGGUCACAAAAUGCUAUGGGAUAUGGGGAAUACACUUCAGAAAAGACCAAUCCCUGUUGGAAAAAUAUAA